AGCUUCAAAAUCUCGUGUGAUAUAGAAAAAGAUUCUACGAAAAAAAGACCAGUUAGACUUUCAUUAAGGAGGAAUCAAAGCGAUCCAGAUCUUGCGUCACUGUCCAUUUCGUCCGACAGGAACGUGUUACACCGGCAAGAAUCCAAGUCAACCGAGAACCACCGGUAUUAAUAAGACAUCAGAGAAAUAAGAGAAGGAGGAGCCGUUGGGUUGACACAAGAUCUGUCAGCUUUACGUAGGUGUAUGAUUGCGGGCCCAGAGGUAGCGCGAAUGAUUGGAGAAUUUGAAGCUGUUGAGGAUGAUCAGAACCGCCAACAUCACGAGCAAAGACCUGGAGUUCAAAGUGCCUUUACUCAAGAUGUGCUUCAAGUCAUUUCAGCCUUUGAGGAAUUUAACAACCCAUUUGCCGAGGAGGGUCCCGAGUUGAUAGCUUUGCACUCAAGGGAUGUCAUGGAUGGAAGUGUUAUUCAAACCGUUAAGAACGUUUUGACGAUCGGAGAAGGGCAAUUCAAUGCCUUUGUCAAAGAAAGAUUUAUCGAGAGAAGUGCAACAGUGGCAGAUGUGAUAAAGAAAAACAACCUUGCUACAUUUAGUACUCCAUCCAAGAAGGGUCCGUCAAUAGAGAAAGAGAAGAUUGGAUCUUUGAAACAGGAUUGUGCCCUGUUCUCACGACUUUACAUAUCCUGUCAGAAUCGAGACGGCAACCUUGAAGAAUUUUUCAAGCAUGAAAAUCAGGCAUGGCCACCUUCAAUCGCCAAUAUGGGUCUACUAAGAGGUGGGCAAAAAGCAAGCUUGGUUAAAUGCUUAACGCAAGUCAUUCCUACCAUGUAGUCUACCAAUCCCAUCAUUGAUGCUGCAAUCUUUGAUGGAGCAGUGAUUGCGAGAUGCUAUCUCCUGGAACAGCACAAAACUUUGAAGAAUAUUUUAAUGAUGUCUUUGCACCAUUUAUUCUCAAGCAAGUGGAAAAGGUCAAAAGAGUCGAUGUAGUUUGGGAUGUAUACCGUGAUGAUUCCUUAAAGAAAGCAACACGACAGAAAAGAGGUUCUGGACAGCGGCGAAAGGCUCUUAUGUCUACACGCAUUCCAUCUGAUUGGAAAGGCUUCCUUCGUAAUGAUGAAAACAAGACCGAAUUGUUUCAACUACUAGCAGUAAACUUGAUGUCACUGAAGAUGCCAGUGGGGAAAGAAAUCUACAGCACUCAUGGAGAGAUUGUACUCUCAUCCACAAACAGAACAGAGAUGGAAUACCUUGCACCAAGCACUCAUGAAGAAGCGGACACUCGACUGAUGAUUCAUGUCAUGGACGCCAGUGCAUGUGGACACCGACGAGUUAUGGUGAGAUCUAAUGAUGCCGAUGUAGUUCUGCUGGCUGUUUCAAUAUUUAAUUUGCUUCAAGUGGAUGAAUUGUGGGUAACCUAUGGAUCAGGAAAGCAUCUUCAGUUUCUCCCUGCUCACAGCAUUGCUGGAUCUCUUGGAACAGAGAGGGCAUCCGUUUUACCGUUGUUCCAUGCCCUGACAGGGUGUGAUACGGUGUCAUUCUUUAAUGGGAAAGGAAAGAAGACGGCCUGGAAUGUCUGGGAUGUUUAUCCUGAACUCACCCCAAAGUUGAAAGCUUUAAAAUCGUUACCAGGAGAUGUUGAUGAUGAAUGCAUUGCGAUAAUCGAAAGAUUCGUUGUUCUCCUUUACGAUCGGACAAGCAACCUCGCCCAGGUCAACAAAGCAAGACAAGAACUCUUUUCCCAGAAAUCAAGACCCCUUGAUGCUAUUCCUCCAACAAGACUGAAGCCCUAAUCCAGCAUGUGAAGCGCUCUGUCCUACAGGGAGGUUAUAUUUGGGGACAAGCUCUUCUCAAACAGCCUGUUCUCCCCAGCCCAUCUGAGUGGGGAUGGGAAUUGGAUGAUCAUCAAACAUGGGUGCCAAAAUGGACAACCCUAUCCCAGAUCAAUGAAUCUUGCCAGGAACUUAUAUGCUGUGGCUGCAAGACAUCCUGUAGUAGUGGCCGUUGUAAGUGUCGAAAAGCACGUUUGGAGUGCACAGGUCUGUGCAAGUGCGGCGGAGAUUGCCAACAUGUGUGUGUGUGUGUGUGUG